UGUACCAGGGUGUACAAGCCAAACUUUUCCCAGGCACGUUGCAGCCCCAGCAGAUUGCUAACCGACACUUUCUCAAGGGAAAAAACAUAACGUUCUCUGGAUCUUCGUUUUUCCACACAGCCGGGAUGAAUCAGAGCAAGACUGAGGUCGAGCAUUUUCAGUAUUCCUACUAUGACUACUCCGACUGGUACUCCAACCCAGAGCCCACCAAACCCCCGAAAGAAGUCAUUUUACCCUGUGACCCAACUGCAGACGAGAGGUAUUUCCACAUAUGUAUGCUGUCAAUAUCUUUUGUGAUGAUGCUGGUCCUGGCAGCGCUCACCAGGAAAAACAAAUUGUGUCAGGGGUUUGCCAGAGGAUCAUCCAGCAUCUUCAGUCCAGCUAACUUCCUGGACCAGACUCAGCAGAAGGGCCUGACCAUGGCCGUUUUUGGACUGGUCUUCAGUAAGCUGGCCAUGCUGAUGAUCGCUCCGGACCCUCUGCCAUUCAUCAAAGACACUCCAGCGAGCAUCAAAGAGUACAUGAAGAUAAUUGCCAUUUUCUACUAUCCGGUCCUGUACUAUCCUCUGCUGGUCUGUGGCACUCUGCAGCACAGUGCUGGUUACGUGUUCGGCACCCUCCUUUCCUUCACUCACUGUGGGGUCUUGGUGUGGCAGAAGUUUGACUGUCCAAAGACACCGGAGAUUUAUAAGUACUACGCCCUCCUUGCCAGUCUCCCACAGCUGGCCUGUCUGGCAUACCUCUGUGUUCAGUUUCCUGUGCUGUUCGUGAAAGGACCAAAGACUGACGAGGACCUGGACAGCAGCUACUACACCAACUACGUUAAGUCACUCCUCAAGAAAAAGUCCUCGACUGUUGGCUCUUCAGAGGCAGAUAAACCAUCAUUGGUAGAGAGAAUCCUGGAGGUGCCAAAGAGUUACAUUUAUUUACCUGAAAAAGUGUUCCAGUUCCCACUGAAGCUGGCAGUGUCGUCUUUUGUUACCUGCGUGGCCAUCUAUCAUACUGCGCUGUUACUGGUUGUCCUGGUGGUCCCAACGCUUCACAUAGUCCACGCAGGAAUUGAUGAAAACAUCGCCUUCCUGUUACUGGGAUUUGGGAUCGUCCUGUCGGACGACCGGAUGGAGGUUGUCCGAAUUGUGACUUUCUACACGUGGUUGUUAGAAGUUUGCUACCUCUGUGCAAUGACGCUGUCCUGUUUGGUCAGUGUUGUAAUGCUUAUGAAGUCCAUGGUUCUACACAGAACAAACCUAAAGGGACUGUAUAAGGGAGAAGUGUACAAAAAGUAUAACAGCCAGAAGACCAUCAGUCCGUCCAGAUCUGGUGUUUUCUGCUGGAUGGGUUUGACCGGAUACCAGGCUGCAAUCGUUUGCCUCGGAAUGGCGAUCCAAACCCUUGUGUUUUUCAUCUGCUUCUUGUUUUUGGUAUUUUUAAUAAUCAUCCCUAUUUUUUAUGGCCGCAACAUGAUAGUUUUUGAAAUAGCGGGAAAGUCAUGGCCAGCCUGGAUGACGGUCAUUGUGGUUACAGUGCUUCAACAUGUCACUGCUCAGUUUUUCUUUAUCAAAAAGGAUGGCAGUACAACUGAUUUAAAAAACAGAGAGAGCCUCUUUCUUCUCACUUAUCUUCUGUUCGUGGUCAACAUUGUGGUGGGACUGAUUGCCGCCAUUUGGAAAAUGGUGAUAACAGCUUUGUUCAACAUCAUUCACUUUGGCCGGAUUGACAUCAGUCUCCUCCACCGAACUGCGGAGUCCUACGAUCCAGCGUACAGAUACUACACUCAGUUCCUGAAGGUGGAGGUCAGUCAGUCUCACCCUGUGCUGAAGGCUUUUUGUGGACUUCUGCUGGACGUGAUGGUCGAGGUUGGCAGCGCUGGACAGAAAGUACGAGAUCCAGAAGAAGGAGUCCAGGAGAACAGACCCGCCAAGGCGACCGGCAGUCGGAGGAUUCGCGCCCGCUGGCAGCUGCUGUACACUUUGGUGAAUAAUCCGUCCCUCCUGGGCUCCAGGAAGCACUUCCAGACGCUGCAGACAUCCGAGAGCAUCCGCAACGGCACGCCCAACCGCAGUACCAAAAAGGCCGGCGAGGAGGUGGAGGAGGUGGAGGAGGCAGGAACGGCGGAGGCAGAGCCCGUCCAGCCGUCUGAGACCGCGUCAAGUCAAGAUAAAAUUGAAUGAGAGCAUUGGCCUAUACAUCAGAGUCUGCAGCAUCCUCCAAUUAACCUAAAUUAAGCAUGCAAUGCACUGAACAGAGAGAUAGACUUUGUUGUGGGAGUUAUAAAAUUAGCUGUGUUUCACUGGACGUAACGAGGACUUAGUUUUGGCCUAAUUGUUAUUUUUAGCUUAACAGAAGUUGAUUAAGGGGUUUGUGUUGAGGAAUUGUUAAAACUGAAAUUGGUUCCUGGUUUACUCUGUAUGGUCUUCGUUGUCAUUGUGUUGUAGUCACUGUGUUUGCUGUUGAAACAGUUUUAGGCCCUAACUCUAUGCACCGUGAACCAGGACGUCUAUUCUUAUUGUUGCUUCAACAACAUAUGACAAUAAUAUAAUAAAUUACACCUAAAGUGUAGGUCGCUUCUCAGGUUUGGGAGCUAUUUUAUGCUUAAAAGUGUGCAAUUUUCAUGUAUGUCAGUGUAGGGCUGGACGAUAAUUCAACAACAAUAUAUACUGAUUGAUAGACGUAUAUCAAUGAUAGAAAAA